AUGUCUGCGGAUAAGAUAACUUUCCUCACCAACUGGCACGCUACGCCGUACCAUGCACCGCUUUACCUUGCCCAGGCCAAAGGGUUCUUCAAAGAAGAGGGCAUCCAGGUGGCUCUCCUGGAGCCCAACGACCCCAGCGACGUAACCGAAAUUAUCGGCAGCGGCAAAGUUGACCUUGGUUUCAAGGCCAUGAUUCACACUCUUGCUGCCAAAGCCCGUAACUUCCCUGUCCUCUCGAUUGGCAGCCUUCUGGACGAACCCUUCACCGGCGUCGUCUACCUCAAGGAUUCCGGAAUCACCGCCGACUUUAGGUCCCUCAAGGGCAAGCGUAUCGGCUACGUCGGCGAGUUUGGCAAGAUUCAGAUCGAUGAGCUCACUUCGCACUACGGCCUGACUCCCGCCGAUUACACCGCCGUCCGCUGCGGCAUGAACGUCUCCAGUGCCAUUAUCAAGGGGGAUAUUGACGCCGGUAUCGGCCUAGAGAACGUGCAGAUGGUUGAGCUGGAGGAUUGGCUUGCUACCCAGGGCCGGGACAGGGCCGACGUCCAGAUGCUUCGCAUUGACGAGCUCGCGGAACUCGGAUGCUGCUGCUUCUGCUCGAUUCUCUACAUUGGCAACGAGACCUUCAUCGCGCAGAAUCCGGACAAGGUUCGGGCCUUCAUGCGCGCCGUCAAGAAAGCGACUGACUUUGUCCUGGCAAACCCGCACGCUGCGUGGAAGGAGUAUGUUGACUUUAAGCCUGUUAUGGGCACUGAGCUCAACAGAAAGAUCUUUGAGCGCAGCUACGCAUACUUCUCCGAGGACCUCAAGAACGUCGAGCGCGACUGGGCCAAGGUCACCAAAUAUGGUCAACGACUUCAGGUCCUGGGCCCAGAGUUCACACCAAACUAUACCAACGAAUUUCUUGACUGGGCUCUGCAGCCGGCUUCUAUUGACCCUACUGGCGACCAGAAGCGAAUGGCUGAGCUCCAGAAGAAUGUGGCUGGCUGCGGUGGCUUCCGCCGCUUGCCCCUAUGUCGCUAG